UAUAAGCAUAGCAAAGAUCAUCCAUGAAAACCUAGUUCUCAGUUCUUAUUUCAAUCUCAUAGCCUUCUUAAAAUAAAUAAGUCGAUUCGCCUAAGAAUAUUUAUUACCUAAGUGAAUUACAAGUUGUGUGAGACCGAUACAUAUUCCUCAACUCCGAGUCUCCAACUUAAGUCUUUACCUACUCAAUAUCCAAUAUCCAAUCGACGAUAGCAACGUUUUCAAUUAUAUAAUACGAAAAGCAACAAUGGCCUCUCAACUCCCACUGUUCCCCCGUACCAUCUUCACCAUCGUCGAACCCCUCUCACUAAUCGGCGGGUUUCUAGGCCCCUUUAUAAACCCAGACUGGUUCAUCGCCUCCCAGCUCGACAACCCAGACAUCAACAGCGUCCCGCCAAGCGACGACAACGCGCGCCUAGCCGUCUACCAGCUCGGCAACGUCUAUGCGCUUCUCUUCCUCCUCGGCGUCGUGAUCCUCCACACCACAUCCGAGCUCAAAGUCGUCCGGAACUAUCUCAUUUGUCUAGGGGUCGCAGACAUAAGCCACGUCGGGGUGACGUGUUGGAUGCUCGGGUCUGACAGGACCAUGGACGUGGGUUCGUGGAACGCUGUGACUUGGGGUAACGUCGGGUUUACUGUUUUUCUAUGCUUGACCAGGACCGCUUACCUUCUAGGCCUCUUUGGACCGGAUCGUCAAGCCGUUACCGCGUUCAAGAAAAAGGCGUAAAGAAUGGCCUAGGUAAGCUCAAUGCAGUAAGUUACGCGGCAAUGGUCAGCUGUAUUCGAAUCACGAUCAUAGCGAAUCCGAUAGUAAUUAGAAACCCUCGAAUUCAUUAGAAUUUUAUGCCUCGA